UAGGAGCAGCAACUUAGCGGAUCUCUGUCAGUGUCAAUUAUCCGCGAGCCGCGAUGGUGUAUGGAACGUUGAUCUUAAAUGCUCUUCUCGUAGCCCCCGUGAUUGGGGUGCUGUUUUACUUGUACAUGAACUAUUCGCAUACUUAUUGGAGAAGAAAGGGUAUCCCUUCGACCUCAGGACAUUGGUUCUACGGUAACGUGAAAGAUGCAGUGUUGUUUCGAAAGAAUGCCGCGUUCUUGAUAGGCGACUUGUUUCUUCACGCUCCAACGGAUGCGGACAUGUACGGGAUCUACAUGCUCCACAAACCCUUUCUACUGAUCAGGAGCCCGGAACUGAUUAAACAAAUCAUGGUCAAGGAUUUCCACAUUUUCGCGGACCGAUUUUUCACCGCCGAGUCUCAUCAGGACAAGAUCGGCAGUUCUAAUCUUUUCACUAUCAAAAACCCGGAUUGGAGGCAAUUGAGGACAAAAAUAACUCCUGUGUUCACGAGUGGAAAAAUGAAGAAACUGUUCCACUUGAUAGUCGAAACCACAGAGUCGAUGAAGAACUACUUGCUGAAGGAGGUAUCGGGAUCAGAUACGAAGACCAUCGAGAUGCGUACUGUUGCCCUAAAGUACACCACGGAUAUCAUAUCCUCCAUUGCUUUUGGAAUUCAUGUGAAUUCUUUCGACAAAAACAAUGAUGAAUUCUUUAGAAAAGCGCAAGAAGGACUUACGCCUACGAUAAGACGAAGCGUACAAUUCUUCUUCAUGUUUUUCUUUCCGUCAUUUUCCAAGUACAUAGGUGGAAAAUUUUUAGGUUCCACUACGGACUAUUUUCGCAGCGUAUUUUGGGAUUCUAUGGAGAACAGAGAGAUGUCGAAAUCGAAACGGGGAGACUUAAUAGACUCCCUCAUCGAGAUUAAGGACGAUAAGAGAAACAACGAUUACAAAUUGGAAGGAGAUGUUUUGGUGAGUCAGUCAGCUAUAUUUUUCGUUGCUGGUCGCGAGUCUAGCGUGACCACGAUUUGUUUCACGCUCUACGAGCUCUCUAAAUAUCCAGAUAUACAGAAACGAGUACGCAAAGAGAUUCAAGAUAUUAUAAAAGCUGAAGGAAUAACAUACGAGAGCAUUCACAAUAUGAAGUACCUUAAUCAAGUGAUUUGUGAGAUUCUGAGGCUGUACCCAGCAGCUCCGCUUCUUGAUAGAAUCACUUCUACCGACUAUAAGGUACCAGGAACCGACAUAGUAAUAGAGAAAGGAACGCCAAUAUAUAUACCCCUAUGUGGACUCCAUCGCGACCCAAGGUACUUCCCUGACCCAGAUCGUUUUGACCCUGAUAGAUUCAGCGAUGAAAAUAAGAACAAUAUUACACAAUUCACGUACAUGCCUUUUGGAGAAGGUCCACGAAAUUGUAUUGGAAUGAGGCUUGGUAUGAUCCAGUCUGCCAUGGGAGUGAUCACGGUGCUCAGGGAUUUCGAAGUUUCACUAGAUCCCACUUACAAAUACGACGUAGACCGCUAUAACGUCUUCCUUCAAGCUCCAAAAGACUUCAUACUGAAUUUAAGGAAACUUUAAGACAAUCGCAUGGAUCUUUCAAAUACUUAUUGUAUUAUAAGCCACAGUACAUAACUUUAGGCUAAUAAACAGGCAAUUUAUAAGACAUGAGAAA